GGGGCUUCUCCGAACUCCAGCUGCGGCAUGCGAAUGAGUUUGAAGCUUUCUGCAGGAUCAUGGAACAGAGCCUCGGUUCGAUAAUCCAUCCCGGGGUAAACUGUUACCUGAGGAAGGGCUCUGAAUAAUGCAUUGCCUGGGGACUCCAGUUGUAGCCGAAGACAAUGCUGGAACCCGGAGCGAGAUUGCUGUCUGAGCUGGAAAGAUGUCUCACUAUCAUUUUAUCAAGUGCUGUUGCUUUCAGCUAUGUAACGUGUUUCGAACCCAUGAGAUGGAAAUUGACCAGUGCCUGCUGGAGUCCCUUCCCCUCGGCCAACGGCAGCGGCUGGUGAAACGCAUGCGCUGUGAGCAGAUCAAAGCCUACUAUGAAAGAGAGAAGGCUUUUCAGAAGCAGGAAGGGUUCCUGAAAAAGCUGAAGCAUGGGAAGAAUCAAAAAGUUCAUUUUAACCUCGCUGACAUGAUACAGGAUGCAAUUAUCCACCACGAUGACAAAGAAGCGCUCCGGCUCCUGAAGGAGGGCGCGGAUCCGCACACCCCCGUUUCCUCAGGAGGGUCCCUGCUCCAUCUGUGCGCUCGGUAUGAUAAUGCCUUCAUUGCAGAGAUCCUGAUUGACAGAGGGGUCAAUGUCAACCACCAGGAUGAAGACUUUUGGACACCAAUGCACAUCGCCUGUGCUUGUGAUAACCCUGACAUCGUCCUGCUGCUUAUAUUAGCUGGAGCCAAUGUCCUUCUCCAGGAUGUUAAUGGAAAUAUCCCCUUGGAUUAUGCCAUGGAAGGGACAGAAUCUAGUUCCAUCCUGUUGACCUAUCUGGAUGAAAAUGGCGUGGACCUGACCUCACUGUGCCAGCUGAAGGUGCAGAGACCCGUGAGCAUGCUAACAGAUGUCAAACACUUCUUGUCCGAUGGCGGAAAUGUCAAUGAGAAAAAUGAUGACGGGGUGACGCUGUUACAUAUGGCGUGUGCCAGUGGCUACAAGGAAGUGGUGUCUCUUCUCCUCGAACAUGGCGGGGACCUCAAUAUAGUAGACAAUCAGUACUGGACCCCGCUCCAUUUGGCAGCAAAGUAUGGCCAGACAAACCUGGUGAAACUUCUUCUGAUGCAUCAGGCGAAUCCAAACCUUCUGAACUGCAAUGAAGAGAAGGCCUCAGAUAUUGCUGCCUCUGAGUUUAUUGAGGAAAUGCUGCUGAAAGCUGAAAUCGCCUGGGAAGAAAGGGUUAAAGAACGUUUAUCUGUUCCUGCCUUGGCCUCUGAGGAGCCAUAUGAGGAGAUUCUCCACGACCUUCCAGCACUUUCCAGCAAGCUCAGUCCCCUGGUGUUGCCGAUUGCCAAGCAAGACAGUAUGUUGGAAAAAGACAUUAUGUUCAAAGAUGCAAGAAAAGGUCUAUGCAAGAGACAGUCUCAGGACAGCGUCCCUGAAGAUGCCACGGUGAACGUCCCCACCAAACCUGAACAGGUCAAGCUGAUGCCUCCUGCUCCCAGUGAUGACCUAGCGACUCUCAGUGAGCUGAAUGAUGGCAGCCUGCUUUAUGAAAUUCAGAAACGCUUUGGGAACAAUCAGAUAUAUACUUUUAUUGGAGACAUCCUCUUGCUUGUUAACCCAUUCAAAGAGCUUCCAAUUUAUUCCACCAUGGUCUCCCAGCUUUAUCUCAGCAGCUCGGGGCAGCCCUGCUCCUCCCUGCCGCCCCACAUCUUCUCCUGUGCAGAGAGGGCCUUCCACCAGCUUUUCCAGGAGCAGCGGUCCCAGUGCUUCAUUCUCAGUGGAGAGAGAGGAUCGGGGAAGUCUGAAGCCAGCAAACAAAUAACGAGACACCUGAUGUGCAGAUCUGGCUUCAGCAGGCCUAUGUUUGAUUCCAAAUUUAAGCACGUCAUAUGCAUCUUGGAAGCCUUUGGGCAUGCCAGGACAACUCUGAAUGAUCUGUCCAGUUGUUUCAUAAAGUAUUUUGAACUACAAUUCUGCGAGAGGAAAAAACACCUAACAGGAGCCAGAAUUUAUACAUACAUGCUCGAGAAAUCCAGACUUGUUUCACAACCUCUUGGCCAGAGCAAUUUUCUCAUUUUCUACUUGUUGAUGGAUGGGUUAUCUGCUGAAGAAAAAUACGGGCUUCACCUUAAUAAUUUAUGUGCACACCGGUAUUUGAACCAGUCCCUACCAGAAGACGUAUCAACAGCAGAGCAUUCUGUGAACAGGGAGAAAUUUGCUCUUUUGAAACAAGCCCUGAAUGUAGUUGGCUUCAGUAACAUGGAGGUAGAGAAUCUGUUUGUGAUCCUAGCAGCAAUAUUGCACAUUGGAGACAUUCGAUUCACUGCUCUGACCGAGGCCAACUCCGCAUUUGUCUCUGACCUCCAGCUUCUGGAACAAGUGGCUGGUUUGUUGCAAGUGUCACCUGAUGAAUUGGUAUCUGCUUUAACAACGGAUAUCCAGUAUUUUAAAGGAGACACCAUCAUUCGACGACACACAGUACAGAUGGCUGAAUUUUACCGAGAUCUCUUGGCCAAAUCCCUGUUUGGUCGUUUGUUUAGCUUUUUGGUGAAUACCAUGAACUGUUGCCUCCAGAGCCAAGAGGAGCACAGCAGCACACAGACGUUGGAUAUUGGAAUAUUGGACGUCUUUGGUUUUGAAGAAUUUCAAAAGAAUGAAUUUGAACAACUUUGUGUCAACAUGACCAAUGAGAAGAUGCACCACUAUAUCAAUGAAGUGCUUUUUCUACACGAGCAAACAGAAUGUGUACAAGAGGGAGUUGCCAUGGAAACAGCUUAUUCUCCUGGUAACCAGACUGGAGUUUUGGAUUUUUUUUUCCAGAAGCCAUCUGGAUUUCUCUCUUUAUUGGAUGAAGAAAGUCAAAUGAUGUGGUCGAUGGAACCAAAUCUUCCCAAGAAGCUACAAAGUCUCCUAGAAUCUUCAAACACAAAUGCAGUCUAUUCCCCCAUGAAGGAUGGGAACGGUAACGUUGCGCUCAAAGAUCGGGGUGCAGCGUUCAGAGUCACGCACUAUGCGGGAAGGGUAACGUAUGAAAUUGUCGGAGCAAUUGAAAAAAAUAAAGACUCCCUUUCACAGAAUCUUCUAUUUGUAAUGAAAACCAGUGAAAAUGUCGUGAUCAAUCACUUGUUCCAGUCGAAACUGUCACAGACAGGAUCCCUCGUAUCUUCCUAUCCUUCUUUUAAGUUCAGAGGACAUAAAUGUGCCCUGCUCAGUAAGAAGAUGACAGCUUCUUCAGUUAUUGGAGAGAACAGGAAUUAUCUAGAACUUAGUAAGUUAUUAAAAAAGAAAGGAACUUCUUCGUUUCUUCAAAGACUAGAAUGGGGAGGUCCAGUCACGAUUGCAUCUCAACUCAGGAAAUCUCUAGCAGAUAUUAUCGGAAAACUUCAGAAGCGCACGCCCCACUUUGUUCAUUGCAUCAAGCCCAAUAACUCAAGGCUGCCAGAUACCUUUGAUAAUUUUUAUGUAUCUGCUCAACUACAAUAUAUCGGAGUCCUGGACAUGGUGAAGAUUAUCCGAUAUGGAUACCCUGUUCGCCUUUCCUUUUCGGAUUUCCUGUCAAGGUACAAGCCAUUGGCCGACACGCUCCUGGUCGAGAAGAAACAGCUGUCUGCCGAGGAGAAAUGUCGCCUUGUUCUCCAACAGUGUAAAUUGCAAGGCUGGCAGAUGGGAGUCCGAAAAGUGUUUCUAAAAUACUGGCACGCCGGCCAGCUCAAUGAUUUGUGCCUACAGCUGCAGAGGAAAAUUAUAACCUGCCAAAAAGUUAUAAGAGGAUUUCUAGCACGCCAGCACUUGCUUCAGAAAAGGAGCAUCAGACAGCGAGAGGUCACGUCCAUCAACAGCUUCCUGCAGAUCACAGAGGACAUGGGGUUGAAGACCUACGAUGCCCUGGUCAUUCAGAACGCUUCCGACAUUGCACGUGAAAAUGACCGGCUCCGGAACGAAAUGAAGGCUGCUCACCAUCAAGAGAAGGCGGAAGCCAGAAACAAGCCAGAGGAAGGAGCCAAAAGAGCCGAAGACAAGGGUGGACCCAGGCAUUUCCAGUACACCUCCAUCCCGGUACCCAUGGCGGUGGAUGGCCUGAUCCAGUCUCUGGCCGGCCCGUCCACCCGGUCUCCUUCCCUGCACUCGGUGUCCAGCCUGGAUGACAGCAGUGGCCUCCCGUCGCCGCGGAAACAGCCUCCACCCAAGCCAAAGAGGGACCCCACCACGCGGCUGAGCGCCUCCUACGAGGCCGUGAGCGCCUGCCUAUGGGCAGCAGCAAGGGAGUCGGCCAGUGAAGCUCUGACCCGGCCCAGGCCGCACAGCGACGACUACAGCACCAUGAAGAAGAUUCCUCCCCGCAAGCCCAAGCGCAGCCCCAACACCAAGCUCAGCGGCUCCUCCGAGGAGAUCGCGGGCGCGCGGCGCAGAGGCGGCCCGAGGUGCACGCUAGGGGUCCCCGCGCCCCCCGCACCCCCCGCACCCCCCGCGCGCGCCCCGCCGGAGCCCGACCCCGAGCCCGAGCCCGUGUACAUCGAGAUGCUGGGCCGCGCCGGCAGCCCUGAGCAGGCCGAGGCCGUGUACGAGGAGAUGAAGUACUUCGCGCCCCCCGAGGCGUCCGCGUCGUCCCCAGCUCUGCCCAGUGACAGUCGGAACCCCGUCCCCGGGGAGGAGGGCGACGGGGGCUGCCCGGCCGCCGGGUCCUGCAGAGACGCGUGCGACAUCCCGGCCCCUUUCCCCAACCUGCUCCCUCACCGCCCCCCGCUCCUGGUGUUCCCCCCGACCCCCGUCACCUGCUCCCCGGCAUCCGACGAGUCGCCCUUGACGCCGCUGGAGGUGAAGAAGCUGCCGGUGCUGGAGACCAACCUCAAGUACCCCGUGCAGGCCGAAGGCUCUAGCCCGUUGUCCCCGCAGCACGCCAGGAACCCCAAGAGCGACGGGGAUGGGCCCGCGUCCCCCGGCCCGCCCGCGCCCGGCGGCUCGCCCCCCACGCCGCCGCCCCCCCCCGCGCCCCCGACCCCCCGGCCGCCCACGCACUUCGCCUUCCCCCCGGAGCCCGUGGGCGCCGCGGCCCGAGCGACAGCCGUCCCCGACGCGCCCAGGGCGCACCAGCCGCCCCACUCUGCGCCCGCGGGGGGCGCGUGCAGCUCUCUCCCCAAGGCCCCCUACUCCCCCGGGAGGGCCGCCAGGCCCGAGCACCGCAAGGCCAGCGCCAGCCCGUCCUCCCCGGUGCCCUACAGCCCCCCGAACUGCAGAGCCCUCAGCAGCCCCCUGGACGAGCUGACCAGCCUCUUCAACUCCGGAAGGAGCUUGCUACGCAAGUCGGCGGCCGGGAGGAGAAUCAGGGACCCCGAAGGUUUUGAGACUAACAUGAACCUAACUGGCCGAGAUGAUCCUGGUAGAGCAGAAAUUGUAUCCGAGACUCAAGAUAGAAAUGCAAAUAACCAUGGAAUUCAAUUAUCUAAUUCCCUCUCAAGUGCUAUCACGGCUGAAAAUGGGAAUUCUGUCUCAAAUGGUUUACCUGAAGAAGAGGGGUUCCCCAGAUUUUCUGUGAGCACCUUCACGACCUCAUCAUUUCAGAGACAGAGAGAGACCCACACCACUCAGGUCAUCCAUCAGCUGAGGCUCUCGGAGAACGAAAGCGUGGCCCUGCAGGAGCUCCUGGACUGGAGGCGGAAGCUCUGCGAGGGGAGAGGAGACUGGCAGCACCUCCUGCAGCCCUCGGAGCCCAGGGCGCCGCCCCCUCCUCCCUGCAAGAAGCCCACGCUGGUGAAGAAGCCCGACGGGGCCUCCUGCGGCCGGCUGCCUUCCGAGCUGUGGGACUCCACCAUGUGAGGGCCGCACAGCAGGUGGACGCAGCGACACUGCCCGGUGGUGGCCGCCGCUGAGGCUGCCCCGCCCCCAGUGUUUCCCGCGGCGUGGACGCAGAGCCACCCAGGACGCGCCAGCAGAGGCCACCAGGACCCGCCUGUGCUUGUGCGCAUGCGCGCACAUGCGCGUGCGCGUUCUUUCCGCCGUUCAGGCGGAAUCCGUCCGUUCUGGCUCCUGGGCUCCGCGGCCUUGGGGCCGUGUUUCCCCUACGCGGCGAGAGAAGGGCCUGGAAAAGCGUGGGGGGAGGAAGGGCGCGCCCGCCGUACAGUAGCGCCGCCCACGUGUUCCUCGCUGGCCCGUCGCUUUUCUAGAACACGCUGUGCGGGACACACGUUCCGUUUCUUUGUAGGUGUCGUGUUUCCUUGGACUUUACAAACCUGAUCACGAUGUACAUGUUUAUUACCCUGUUUUAUAACUUUAUGCAAUUGGUGGUGCUCCCUUCAAAACACCCGUUUGAAAGAGCUCGUUUCUAGAAUUUUCUUUCCUCCACAUGCUUUUCUUUGUUUCUCCUAGAGGACCUAAAGCCCUCGAGACUGCGCCCCUGCUUCAGCCCCGCCAGCGCCAAGCCUGUACACGCAUGCACGGAGUCCCAAGUUUUUCAUUUCCCUGAUGAGGAGGCCGCUCCUCCCUGCGCCGUGUCUCUGCUUACGUGCCUCGCGAGCUCCUUCCGUCCGUCGUGGCCUCUCCUGGCGCCACCAUCAGUCACAGGAGCUCAGACACGUGUGGCUUCACAUCCGUAGCUGGUGGGGUGACAGGGUCGCUCCAGUGAGAGGUCUACGCGAUCCAGAGGAGCUCGCUGAGACUUGCCGCCUGGGGCAAAGAUGCUGCGUCCCCGGGUGGCCGUCCCCUCGGAGCUGCGCUGCAUGGCUCACCUGCUGUAUGUGCUCAACCCCCCUGUAACACGACCACCCCGUUUAUCCAUGUGCUUCUGUGGCUGCGGGGACGUCCUCAGCCGUGCCGUCAGACCGCGCUGUGUCGCUACUAGGAACUCUGUAUUCAGACCAGCCUCUGCGAAGUCACCGUACCAAUAAAAGGUGCAGCUGUGUUCUUCUGGUUGUGUUUAUUUGUUGCUGCUGCCGUCUCCCUGGCGCGACCAGCAGGGGCAGUGACAGGCCAUCCCGUCUCUGCUGCCCACCUUCUUCUGUUCUUACGGCAUUUUGCAGGCUACAGGCCCUAGUGGUUUAAAAUAAGGAUUUUAUGGAUCACUCAGACGUAACCACCAUGUAGGCAUAUGUCAGUUUUUAAGAAUAAUUGUCAUUUAGGAAUAAUAAUGAGGCUGCCAGAUCUGGAGACAGUUUCCAUUAAAACAGUUUCUUACCUGCCAGGGGGAGAAGCUCAGGGUCGGCUAGGCAGCAAAGGGGAACUUCGGAGCCGAAGCUUUUAUUAUGAUGCCCUUGGGAAGGGCUGGGCGAUGCAGGGUAUGCAGGCAUAGAAUCUGGUAAGUUUGAAUCAUUUCAGAGGGCUUCAUGUGCGGGGUGGUCCCUAGUUAUCUGGUACCUGGCCCCAGGCAGGGGCAAAGGGAGGAAGGAUCAGUGGCUGGAGAGGGAGGUUGUUGAGUGUGGGCUCUGCAGUGGUGGGAGUUGCUUACUUUCUGUAAAAUGUGACUAGUCCCCAGGGGCGGCUCCUCCAGGAUUGGCAAGGCACAGGGGUUAAAGCAUCAGAAGACAGAAAACCGGAAAGGCAAAGUUAAGGUGCAGUUAAGCGAAUAACGUUACAGAUGUAUCUAACAGGGAAGCAUUCUGCUUGACCUCCAGCUUAACGGCAACCAAGCCCCACACACUGCCUCUCUCCUCUCACUCCCUGAUGCCUGACUUCCUAAUCUCAGCCACCAAGCAACUGAAAGAAGCCACCAUUCCUUGAUGUACAUGGUUCCUUGCCCAUUCCUUGCAUACUGUAGACACUUAAUGUCUACACUGGAUCAAAAGUUUGAACUGAUUCCCCCCCCCCCCACACACACAGUAUAUUUAUUUGGACUAGAGUGAAAAGUAAACUGUUCAAGCAUUGCACCUUUCCAGAACCUGUUUCAAAUGUGCACUGAGCACUGGCUAUGACGGCUCUGGGUGCUUCGCACACACUAUUCCUAACACGGAUAUAUACCUACGGCAUGGCAAGUCUCAUGUACACACACUCAUCCUGGAUUUGAAGCUCAGAGCGUUAAGUGGGCUGUCAGACCAUAAACCCUCAACUUUACGGUUCCCAGGUCUACAUCAUUUUAACUUGAGGUGCAGAAAUUUUCUAUUUAUUAUAUCAAAAUGUGUCUUUAAAAUCUUCCAACUCAAUGACUGGGGAUACGGUGUUGUAUGAAACUGUGAGGUAAGACUUCAAGGGAAAGCUUACGGGAAGUAGGCCGUCCCAAACACGUGUGGGUCCAGACGACACCACUAUCUAUUCUGUUAACCUGGUCUCAUGUUAGGGCUUGCGUAGGUGUAAGGUGACCCAACUGCCACCUGCUAGAGGUACCGUGGGCAUCCCGGGAUAGUUUAUAUGUACUCAAUCUAGUAAUCCCUUUUGUCUCAUCUAAUGUUUGUUGACUUUCUAGAGGCAGAGGCCAAACCCCUCGGAGACUUUCUAGAACACAUUUUCCCAAGUCAGUAAGUAGGCCUUUCUGUUCAGUUGGUUUGUUUUCUUCACAGUUGGGGGGAGAGUUCGGGUGUGUGUUGACCUCACUUUAGAACCAUCUCAUUGUACCUGUUCUGACAUGACUGGAUAGUCAGCAGACUCAAAAGCGUUAAUAGCCGUGACAAUAGAAACAGUAUUAAGAGUCAUAAUAAUAUGACAUAAAGUCCGAGUCUGUGUGUAUAUUAAAGGUACUCCCGGAAUGGUUCUCUAAUGAUUACAACAUUGUCAACAAAAUAAACAGAGGUACUCUUCUGGUUAAUAAAACACCAAAUGUUAUUCCACAUAAGCAAGAUUUCAACAGUUAUGUAUGUUCGCAAUAUACUUCAUGACGGUAUUUUAAUUGCUAUCAGCCCAUAAGGUAUGAAUUAUGAUAUAUUAUUGGGCCUGAGACCUUAUGUUUAGCAAAGUAAUUGGUAUGAAUUAUUACUCUGUGUUCAAACACUGCCCAAUAUUAUUGCUUUUUUUAAAAAUGCUUUACGAGUGGUCUCUAAAAACUACUAUCAAAAUGUUUAUAGUGGGUUAAAAUGAUUUAAAAUGUAUUUUCUCGAGUGGAAAAAUAUAUUAUUACUAUUCUCAAAUUGUGGUAACUAAUUUAGCAGAAUUGUGCUUACAUAAAUCUACCCAAUAAAAGCAACAACCAAUUAAAAUCUGA